AUGAACGCAUGCUCAUAUUGCAAAAAGCUAGGUGCUACUUUGGGUUGUUGUAAUAUAAGAUGCAAACGGAUUUUUCAUUUUCCUUGUGGUGUGAAAGCUGGUUCUCUGCAUCAAUUUUUCGGUGAAUUUAGAUCGUAUUGCAAAAAUCACAGACCGAAACAAAACAUUGAUGAACAAGUUCUAAAACAGGCUACUUCAGUAGAUGUAGUAUGUUACAUUUGUUAUGACAAAGUUAACACUAAUGACAUUGUGAAGUCGUUAUGGGCUCCUUGCUGUAAAAAGGAUGCAUGGUUUCAUCGCAUUUGUGUUCAACAACUCGCAUUAAGUGCUGGAUAUUUUUUCAAGUGCCCCUUAUGUAACAAUAAAAAAGAUUUUCAAAAAGCUAUGUUAGAAUAUGGAAUUUUCGUACCAAGUCAAGAUGCUUCGUGGGAAUUGGUACCAAAUGCAUUUGAAGAGCUUUUAUACAGGCAUGAUCAGUGCGAUGCAUCAAAAUGUCUUUGUCCAAAGGGAAGGAAGUAUACAAGUAAUAACGCUAAAUGGGAAUUGGCCCUAUGUCGAACUUGCGGUUCGCAAGGUAUCCAUAUGUUUUGUGGGCAAUUAAAGUGGGCUAAUCCAGUAUGGGAGUGCGAAGAAUGUACAUCAAUAUUGAGUAAUGACCGUGUAAAACUAGAUCACAGUACUUCAAUAGGCAGUCAGAAUAGGAAUUCUGAUUCAGACUUAGAUUCAGACUCAGAUUCAAAUUUGGAUAAUAACAGUGAUACAGACAUCUCUGUGGGAACCGACUUUCCUAUACAGUGCUUAUUGACCGAUUCAUCUUCUUCCUUGGAGUCUCUCCUGGACAUUAAAUUGCGACCUGGGCCACGUUCUUUUAAAAUACAACAGAAAAUGACCAAACUAAACGAAUGGUUAGAUUUGACAAAUACUGAGCUUGAAAAGAAUAUAGCUGUUAUUGAAACUAGCAUGAAAGAUGGAUCAUUAUCAAAAAAUGACGAUGUGAAGAAAGAGCCAUCAACAAGUAAAGAAAGUAAGAAAAGUAAAGAAAAUAUUCUUCAGCGAAGAAGUAAGCAAAAUAGCUCCCAGAAAGAAAAACAGUUAGCUCUUCAGCAAAAAAAUAAGGAAGUUAGCCUCCAGAAAGAAAAACAGUUGCUCAGCAAAAAUGAUGAAAAAUUUCAGCCGAUUCAAAAGAAGAUGGAUGUUAUCACAAUUGAAAGCGAUGAUGAUGAUGUGAAGCUUGUUACAUCAACACAGAAAAUGUAUCUUCCAUUUAAACACAUGCAGCACCGUAUACAAUAUCACAGUUUGUGUCUUCCUAGCACAUCAACGUUAAAGAUGUCAACACAAAAUAUUAAUCUUUCACCUACACACAUGAAGCAGUCUAUACAAUUUGGCAGUUCGAGUUCGUGUCUUCCUAGCACAUCAACAUCGAAGAUUACUCUGUUAGAUGCAACAGAGAAUUUUGCAGCAUCUGAGAGCAAAAGUAUAGCGACAAUCAAUUUAUCAAAGAAAGAGACUUCAAAGGAAAAUAAAUCUACUAUCUUCAAAGACCAAAUCGAUGUAGUUACGCCACAAAAAUCCACGAUAGAUCUGGUUACUUCAAACAAUGUGGAAACCAACACAGAAGAUACUAACGAUUCGUCAGUUAUGAAUAUCAAAAUUACUAAUGUUAUUUCUCUAUCACGUGAAGUAUUCGAAAACGUACCUGAUGUUGUAUGUGACAACAUCACGUUAAAUAAGAAUAUCACUGAUACCUCACUUGUUUCUGUAAAUGAAACAUUGGAGGAACUCGUCACUCAUGUCCCAUCUAUGAAGCGUAGUAUGUACGAAGCGAGUAACAUUACUAACAAUUGUAAGAAGGUUAAAAGAAAUAGUUUCGACGAAAGAUUACACGAAACGUGUUCUCAAGCUGUCCUAGUACCAAUACAAUAUAGUACUGAUACAAAUGAAACAAAUAAUACUCAAAAUGAUGCAGAAAAUAGUGUAAAUAAUACAGAUAGGCAGCAAAAUGAAAGAACAUCUAUAAACACUUUCAAUUCGUUAAACGAUCAAAGAAAUAAUUUAUCUUUACAACAUAAUUCUAAACAAAUUCUUAAAGCGAAUAAUGUGCAACAUUUAAACCAAUUUGUAUCAAAUUUGGAUGGAAAUAAUGUACGUGUUAAUUUAAACCAGAGAAACGAAAACUGUGUUGCACAAGCAAAUACGACAGAAUUCGUGACUUUUGCCGAGAAUAAUCCAGUUUUGUUGCCAAUUGGUAGUUACUAUCUUCAAGAAAUAUCUAACCCGAAUUUUACGACAUUUAAUCAAAAUGUUGGAAGAAAUAAAUCAAACGUAUAUGCUAUACCAUCGAAUAGUGUGAUUCUGCCGAAUAUGACAGAUAAUAUCACUGUGCUUCGUAAUCCGACUCUGCUUAUAAAUCAACCAGUAAUGACUAAUGUAACUGCGCCUGUUUUGAGCGACAAACGAAUAGUAACAGUAAAUCAACAAGAAGCUGCAUUGAAGAAAGAUGUACUUGCUAGUACAUCCAAUGUUGAGAAUAUUUCCACAAAUACAUCUUACUGUGACGGGGAUGCAGGCACCAGGCCUGCUGAACUUGAUUCAACCAACUAUAAAGAAGACCCAUCAAACGAUUCCCUUAGAAACGUCUUCAACAAAAAGACCAUUACUCGCCAAAGAUCUGUCAAAACCUGCAACGUCUUCCCACAAAUUACCAACAACCACACUACAUGUCAUCGACCUGGACUGAUACCGUUUUACAUGAAUCUACAAGACCUUAAAUUUCGAGUUUGCGCGUCUAACAAUAUUCAGAUGACUUUAUAUGAUACAUUCUCUGUAAAUAUCUCGAUGAAAAACCUCAAAGAAAAUAAGAGAUUGACAGGCGUAGCUGCACCGGAGGAAAAAGAAAUGUCCACCAUUGCAUUUCGUGAAGCUUCGUGCAGUUCAGAUUACAUCGACAAUAUCACAACUGCGAGACAAUGUUCUGAUAAGCUUUAUCGCUCUCUGAAGAAUGAAAAUUUGUCAAUUAAUGAUAAAACAUACAUAGCGCACGAUCGGGAUGAUGCUAAAGAGAAUUUAAAUCCGAUCAGAUGUAGAGUACCACCGUAUAACGAUUCAUUAGAUAAUGUAAAUUCGGGGAGCAAUGUUGACAGCGCAAUGAACAAUUGUUUUAAUGAUGAGAAUAGCAAUGAUAGUGAGACGCGUCUCUCAAGUGAUACUAAUGUAAAUAUAUUAAAUCAAACAAUUUGUAAUCCAAAUGUAGAUAAUAUCGUGAAUGAUAUAACGUUCAAUUCGAACAAUUGUAACCGAGGUUCACGAGUUAGUUUAGAAACUGUACAGCAUAAACAAAUGUCCGUACAUAAUGUAAUUUCCAUGCAUACGGAAGAAAGGUCUAAGGCUCAACUAUUUGUCAAAGAAACUAAUAAAAUAGCGCACAGUGUCGAGGUUGAUUUAAAUGUUGUUAAUAUGAAUAAAAACAUUGAGAAAAUAUCGCAAAAUAAUAUCACUAUUUUAAGUCAACAUACUGAUGGCGACAAAAUUGAUAAUGAUCAUAUAGAUGAUUCUCCUACAUUACAGAACGGUUUUAAAUAUUUAGAUAGUAUGAACGUUGUGAAAUCGAAGAUUAAUAAUCGGAACGCCACGCGUGUCUCGAAUAUUACAAGAUUUAACGAUCAUAGUAUUUUAAGUAAGCAAAUCGAUGCAUGCGAUUCUAAAAAGUUAAUUCAAUGCAUAGCAUUUCAAGAAAAUACUGUACAUCAUAACGGUGAGACUAGAACCAAAAGUAAUAAAUUUUGUUUCAAAGUGAGUAUAGAUUUGUGUAAGAUACAAAAUCUAAUCGAUUCUAAACCCGAAUUAUUUAAAAAUCAUAAGUUCAACACUAAUGAUCAGUGGCGUACGCAUACAAAUCAGUUACCUGGCUUAGAUAACUAUAGUUAA